CUCAUCAUGGAAGGGUACUUCUCUGCUGUCCACAAGAUGGAGCAAACAGUGCUGUUUCCCAGCCUCCUCCAAGGGGUUGCUCUGGAAGAGCAAGGCGACACGCCCAAAGCCGGCUGCAGCGACAAAGACCUGUAUGAAUGUUUCACACUGCUGAAGUCCAUCAAGAUGGUGGCGGAAGGUGGCUUGGCAGCUCUCGGUCAUCAGAAUCCCAGCAUCAGCACCAGCUUCGGAGAAGAGGAGAGUCCAGAGAAGGCCGAUCUUGAAGGACUUUUUCACUACCAUGUGUCUGGCUUACACCAAGUCCUCACCCAUUUAACGAGGAGAGCCAACACAGUGACCUCCAAAUACAAGGACAUCAUGGGGCAGAUCUACCAGAACGGAAUGUCUCUCCGCUGGUGA